AUGGGUCUGCGCCGCGCCAAGUGGACGGAGACGGAGAUAGAGAUGCUGAGGGCUGCUGUGAAGCGGUUUGGGGACGAUCUUAAUCACAUCAGCUGUGUCAUCAAGGAACGGACAGUGGCCCAGAUAAAGGCCACCGUGAAGCGUAAGGUGUACGAAGACUCCGGCAUCCCUCUUCCCGCCGAGUCACCCAAGAAAGGGCCCAAGAAGGUGCCAUCUGGUGUCUUGUCGCCUCCUCCAGCCGCCCCUCCACCAAGCAGCUCCAGUGUCCCUGAGGCCGGGGCCCCCCCCGUAAAGAAACAGAAGGCCGAUGUGACACUCAGCGCUCUGAACGACUCGGAUGCCAAUAGUGACCUGGUGGACAUUGAAGGGCUAGGAGAAACCCCUCCGGCCAAGAAACUCAACUUCGACCAGGACAGCCUGACCCUGGAUUCUGGCCUUCUCGUGACCUCUGCUGACCCUCCUCUGCUCUCUCGCUGAGCCUUCCACCUCUGACCCCUCUCACUGUUCACCCUGGACCUGUGGAUCGCCUGGGACUCUGAGCGGGCCUGCAGAGCACGGCCCACGAGGCUGCUGGGGCUGCGCACUCUGCUGUUCCCGUAUGAGCGUCUACCCCCAGCCCCUUUGACCUCCAUCGGACGGACGUUUUUAUACCGAAAACAAUAAAGAUUCUCCUCU